CUUCACGCUGCCUAGGAGACCAAUACUACUGGCACUGCACCGCUACCAACUUGAGGACGGCUGAUUUUAACUUCGCGUCCAGCGACUGGUUAAUGUUUAUUUUUAAAAAAUGGAGACUGACAUGGAAGAUUCACCUGAACCUCUGGACCUACAGCUUUAUCCUCAUCCUCCAAGCAAAAAAGCUCGCACGGACAAUUCUGGCUCAGAACCGAGGGAAGGGAGCAGCUGGCACACCAAUCGGAAGUACCCGACUAUCAGACAGAGGGGCUAUUAUUCAGAUGUGCUUGUCCCUGGAGCAGACACUUUGCUGGAGCCUUAUGUUGAUGGACCCCAUGUUCUGCAGAGCCUGGCGAACCAAGCAGAUUAUGAGCCAUACAUGCCACAUAUAAACUCCUUCAAAUCACCUGGGGACUUUCAGUCUGUUUUGGAUGCACAGUUAUCACGGCCCAUUGGUUUCAUCACUCCACCUACAGACUUUCCCCAAAGAGGAUAUGAACCCAAAGUUCAAGUGCCAUACAUAGUCUUGCCUGGACAGUGUCCUCGUAAGAUCGAAAUUGAAAGGCGGAGACGACAGUACUUGAGCCAAGACAUUUCCCUUCUAUUGGAAGAAGCAGGGAUUGAUUCCAACAUGCUGAUGCCACGUCUCUCCAAAGCUAAAAGCUGGUCUGCUAUGGAGAAAGGGGCACCCUUACCCCUGCCUUAUUUACCCUUGGAGGUUUUUGAUGAUGAAGGUUUUGAUUGCCGCUCCCCUGACGACUGGUUAUCUCUUGGAUUUGAUCCAGGACUAAAGGAUAGGAAGCCCAUACCAGGAAAGGCACUGCUGCCAGAUGAUGACGACUUGGGACAUGCUGAACCACAGAGCAGUAUUUUAUUCUACACAUGGCAAGGUGUUGGAGUCCUGGACUACGAUCCACAGGCUAAACUCUACCUGGUGCACAAAACCGACUCUAAUGGGCUGGUGAGAGACUCAGAGGGCAAACCCAUCCACAAUGGAGGUAGAAACAAGAAAGGGGAGUACGUAAUGCUGCCUUGCCAGUACUGGGUACCCCGGGUCCGCCUCCUUUUCUGCGCAGAAGAUCCUUGUAACUUCAUGAAGCGUGUUGUCAAGGCUAAUGCCCUGCGACAGAAGACAGAAGCCCUCCUGCGUUACAAUCUCUAUGUGGACUGCAUGCCUCUCAAUGAAUCCUACCGCCUAAGCCCAGAAAGCAAAAAGAAAAUGGAGCACUGGGCACUCAAUACACCAGGACUGCGUCCACAUCUUCUUCAGAAUUGCCUGAACCGUCUCGAUAAAGAGAUCAGUCUCACCUAUGGACGUGCGAUGAACAAGAUCUGCUUCGAUAAAGUUGUGAUUUCCAACCCUCAAGAGUUUUCCUUUAUUACCUUACCAGACCACGAGGAGGAGUCAGUUCGCAUUCUGGGACGAGUGGCGGUGCCUCAGUUCCCCUUCAAAACAAACAAAAAAGCUUUCUCGUUUAAUACCUUGCUUACCAAAGUGGAGGUGAUCACAAUGCUCACUAAAGUGCGAGCUGAAUGUCUUCGUGUGGUGGGCAUGUCACUCUUUCAUGUGAACCUUAACAAAUGCACUCGACUGGAGGAGUUUGAGCAGAUUCAGUCUCAGUGCUAUGCACAGGUUCAGCUUUUUUUAAAAGACAGCUGGAUCAACACCCUGAAGGCCACAGUACGCUCCAGUCUGCGGGAGGUGGGGAAGGGCUGGUAUAACCUGACUGAAACACGAUGGGAGGUGUACCGCAUGUCCAAACUCUGUAAACUUAUGGAGCAGAUCAAGUUCACCCUGCAGGACUCUCUGCGAUACCUGGUGCAGGACUCUUUGGUCAACUUCACUCAAAUGAUCGUAGACAGCUGCAGCAGCGUGUUUCACUGCCCCAAAAAUCUGGUCUGGGGAUCAGACCUCAUCAACAGCCCCUUCAAGCCGAAAAAGAACCCAUUAUUGUAUGUGGAUUUAAUGAUGGAUGCUUCUGGCAUUCACUACAGCACAUCUCCAGAGACCUUGGAGGCUUCACUUUUGAGCAUGUUUGACAAAGGAGUCUUGGCAACUCACAACGUCCCCCAAAUAGAAAAAUUUGUAAUGAAGAACAUGUUCAUAAGUGGAGUCCCCCUCCUGGAAUCAGUGGGGCUACAUGAGCCACCAGUUGAAGAGCUUCGCCGGAAUAUCAUUGAUGCCAUCCACAAAGCUUUGAUCCCACUCUUUGCUUACUCCAAGCAGUAUGAGAGGCACAUGGAGCUCCACAACCUAGACAUUAACACUUAUAUAAACACUUUUCUUCAUGAAGACCGUUCAAUCCAAGAGGUGAGGAAGGAGAUUGACUUUCACCUAGCAGAGAAGGACCGUCUGGACAAUGCGCUGCCUUCCUCGAUUAUCAUCGGCCCUUUCCAAGUCAGUGUGGAAACACUGCGUCAGAACUUGUCCAAAAAGCGAAAGACAUUGGUUUCUUCUAUUCUGGAGUAUUUGGCUCAAAGGCUGCGGCAUCAAGUUGAAGAGGCCUGUGAAAUUUUCAGAGAAAUCAGCCGAAAGCUUUAUGACAAAGCAAACAGCAUAGAAGAACUGGCAGAGCAGCGAGAGUGGAUGAAGGGGAUUCCUGAUCAGCUGAAAACGCAUGAGGAAGUGAUGUCCAAAGUCAUGGCUUACUAUGAACUGAUGGAAGACUACUAUUUCAAUCUGUCCAAUGAUGAUUUCAACAUCAAGUGGACUGCAAUCAGCUGGCCCUCCAAAAUACUUGGUCAGAUAGAAGCAGUGGAAGCCCAACACAAGGAGGAUGAGGAGAGGUUCUAUAAAAUCCAGAUUGUGGAUCAAAGCAACUUCCAGGAAAAAUUAGAUACCCUGCAGUUACUGGUGGCUGGAUUUGCAGUCUACCAUGAUGUUGGGAGGGCUCAUGAAAUUGCCAAUGAGGUCAGGCGGGUCAGCAAACAACUCAAGGAAUCCCAACAGUUGGCCCAAAUGUACAACAACAGGGAGAGGUUGUUUGGAUUGCCGGUCACAAAUUAUGAAAAGUUGCAGAAAAUGACUCGGGAAUUGCAGCCCUACCGGGAUUUGUGGACAACUACGUCAGAUUGGUUGCGCUGGCAGGACAGCUGGAUGCAUGACCCCCUCACUACCAUCGACCCCGAACAGCUUGAGAGAAAUGUUAAUGAGUCUUACAAGAACAUGCACAAAUGUGUGAAGCAAUUCAAAGACAUCCCAGCCUGCCAAGCAGUAGCUGUUGGGAUCCGGACAAAGAUUGAAGAUUUCAAGCCCUUCAUUCCUCUGGUCCAGGGACUGCGCAAUCCUGGCAUGCGGAACCGACACUGGGAAAUUCUGUCUGAGCAGAUCGACAUGACGGUCAAACCCAAGGCCAACCUCACCCUUUCCAAAUGCUUGGAACUCAAACUGCAGGACCACAUUGUUACCAUUGCUGGUGUAGCAGAGAUUGCUGGGAAGGAGUACGCCAUUGAGCAGGCCUUGGACAAGAUGGAAAAUGAGUGGGGCAAUGUCAUGUUUGACAUUCUGUCCUACAAGGAGACUGGAACAUAUAUUCUGAAGAGCCCAGAUGAAGCUUCACAGUUGCUGGACGAUCACAUUGUGAUGACUCAGAGCAUGUCCUUCUCCCCAUUUAAGAAGCCAUUUGAGGACAGGAUCAGUUCAUGGGAGAGCAAACUGAAGUUGACGCAGGAUGUGCUUGAAGAAUGGCUAACAUGCCAGCGAUCCUGGUUGUACUUGGAGCCUAUCUUUAGUUCGGAGGACAUUAACCGCCAGCUGCCUAUUGAGAGCAAGAGAUACCAAACGAUGGAGCGGACCUGGAGGAAGAUAAUGAAGAAUGCCCAUGACAACAGACAGGUUAUCACUCUCUGCCCUGACACUCGAUUGCUAGAGAAUCUACGAGAGUGUAACAAACUCCUUGAGCUGGUCCAGAAAGGUCUCAGCGACUACCUGGAGACCAAGCGAGGAGCCUUCCCAAGGUUCUACUUUCUGUCUGAUGAUGAGCUGCUGGAGAUCCUCUCCCAAACCAAAGAUCCUACAGCUGUGCAGCCACAUCUGCGCAAGUGUUUUGAGAAUAUUGCAAUGCUCAAAUUCCAGGAGGACUUGAAGAUCACACACAUGUACUCCGGGGAAGGUGAAGAGGUCGAGCUGUGCAACCCCAUCUUUCCCACUGGCAAUGUGGAAGACUGGCUCCGUGAUGUGGAGAGGACCAUGAAGGACAGUGUCCGAGACAACAUUGAUCGCUCCCUGGAGGAAUACCCCAAGGUUCUACGCACCCAGUGGGUUUUGGCUUGGCCUGGUCAAGUGGUCAUUGCUGGAUGCCAGACAUUCUGGACUUUAGAAGUGUCAGAGGCUCUUGAGAAAGGUGAUCUAGAAGAUCGGCUGUACCCAGUGCUAGGGACUCAGCUCAAUGACCUUGUAGCCCUAGUCAGGGGUAAGCUGUCCAAAAUGCAGAGAUCAGUGCUGUCCGCCCUGAUUGUGAUAGAAGUGCAUGCGAAGGACGUGGCUGCCAAGCUAAUUGAGGAGAAAGUGGGCAGCGUCAAUGAUUUUGAGUGGAUUAGCCAGCUCAGGUAUUACUGGAACAAUGACGACCUUUACAUCCGCGCUGUCAAUGCUGAAUUUCUCUACGGCUAUGAAUACUUGGGAAACACAGGUCGGCUGGUUAUCACUCCUCUCACUGAUAGAUGUUAUUUAACGCUGACAGGGGCCCUGCAUUUAAAGUUUGGAGGGGCUCCUGCAGGUCCUGCUGGGACAGGCAAGACCGAAACCACCAAGGAUCUGGGGAAAGCACUGGCCAUUCAAACAGUGGUGUUCAACUGCUCAGAUCAGCUGGACUUCAUGGCCAUGGGCAAGUUCUUCAAAGGGCUUGCAAGUUCUGGCGCCUGGGCUUGUUUUGAUGAGUUCAACCGGAUAGAUGUGGAGGUCUUGUCUGUGGUAGCUCAGCAGAUCACAACCAUCCAGAAAGCUCAGCAACAAAGACUGGAGAUAUUCACAUUUGAAGGAGUUGAUAUACCCCUGGUGCCUUCCUGCGCUGUCUUUAUCACAAUGAACCCAGGAUAUGCCGGCCGCACAGAACUGCCUGAUAAUUUGAAGGCUCUGUUCCGUCCUGUUGCUAUGAUGGUCCCUGACUAUGCCAUGAUUGCUGAAAUCUCUUUGUACUCCUUUGGAUUCAACAAUGCUAAAGUCCUGUCCAAGAAGAUCACGACCACUUUCAAACUGUCCUCAGAGCAGCUGAGCUCUCAGGACCACUAUGACUUUGGCAUGAGAGCUGUAAAGACUGUUAUCUCUGCUGCAGGGAACUUGAAGAGAGAGAACCCCAAUCUGAAUGAGGAGCUGAUCUGCCUCCGUGCCAUCCGAGACGUCAACGUGCCCAAGUUCCUCCAAGAUGACCUGAAGUUAUUCAAUGGCAUCGUCUCUGACCUCUUCCCCAAAAUUAAAGAAGAACCCAUUGAUUAUGGCAUACUGGAGCAGUCCAUCCGUGAUGUGUGCUACAAGAAGGGCCUCAAGGAUGUUGAAGGAUUCAUCUCCAAGUGCAUUCAGCUCUAUGAGACCACUAUUGUACGGCACGGCCUGAUGCUAGUAGGGCCCACUGGCUCAGGCAAGACUAAGUGCUAUGAGGUCCUGGCUGGUGCCAUGACUGCAUUAAAGGGGCAGCCAUCUGUUAGUGGAGGCACCUAUGAAGUUGUUCACACCGACAUUCUCAAUCCCAAGUCCAUCACUAUGGGGCAGCUGUAUGGGGAGUUCGAUCUACUCACUCAUGAAUGGACGGAUGGUAUCCUCUCGUCUUUAAUUCGCUUUGGUGCUGCCGCCACUGACACUGACAAGCGAUGGUACAUGUUCGAUGGACCAGUCGACGCUGUUUGGAUUGAAAACAUGAACACGGUGCUGGAUGAUAACAAGAAGUUGUGCCUGAGCUCUGGAGAGAUCAUUAAACUCACAGAGUACAUGACAAUGAUGUUCGAGGUGCAGGAUCUGGCAGUGGCAUCUCCUGCAACUGUGUCCCGAUGUGGAAUGGUUUACCUUGAGCCAAGUAUCCUGGGCUUGAAGCCGUUCACCGAAUGCUGGCUGAGGACCAUCCCUCCAGCCAUCAAACCACACACAGAGAAACUCACUUCUCUUUUCAAUGCCUUUCUUGAGGAUUCAGUUAGUUUUAUUCGCAGUUCAGUGAAGGAAGUCGUCACAUCGACAGACAGCAAUCUUACAUGCAGCCUUCUCAAGCUCAUGGACUGCUUCUUCAACCCUUUCAUUCAUAAAGAGGGAGAGAAGCCGUUCCCAGUACACAAGCUGUCUCGUAUCCAUGAGCUCAUAGAACCAUGGUUCAUCUUCUCGCUGGUCUGGAGUGUAGGAGCGACUGGAGAUGAACAGAGCUGGGUUAAAUUUAGCGAAUGGCUAAGAAAAAAGAUGACCAUGGAGCAGAUAAAAUUGUGCUUCCCUGAAGAUGGACUUGUUUACGAUUACAGACUGGAUGAUGCCCGAAUUAGCCACUUGAGUGAAGAAGAGGAGGAGGAAGAGGAAAGAAAAAUACGCUGGGUGAGCUGGAUGGCAUCUGCUCCAAAAGUGGUGAUCACACCAGAAACAAGCUAUUCUGAUAUCAUUGUGCCAACCCAGGACACCAUUCGCAUGUCCCAUCUGAUGGAUAUGCUACUCACCAACAAAAAACCGAUACUUUGUGUAGGACCAACAGGAACAGGAAAGACAUUAACUAUUUCUGACAAACUGCUGAAAAAUAUGCCCCAGGAGUAUGUGACACACUUCCUGAUGUUCUCAGCCCGCACUUCAGCCAAUCAGACACAGGAUUUUAUUGACAGCAAACUGGAUAAGAGACGUAAGGGCAUCUUUGGUCCCCCUCUUGGAAAUUACUUUAUAUUCUUCAUCGAUGACCUCAACAUGCCUGCUUUGGAGACGUAUGGGGCUCAACCUCCUAUUGAACUGCUGAGACAGUGGCUAGAUCACAGUGGCUGGUACGAUCGCAAGCAGAUUGGAACCUUCAAGCAGCUGGUCGAUAUCAACUUUGCUUGCGCCAUGGGGCCUCCAGGUGGUGGACGAAACCCUAUCACAGCACGCUUUUCUCGCCAUUUUAAUUACCUUUCUUUCACAGAGAUGAAUGACAACAGCAAGAAUAAGAUUUUCUCUACCAUCCUAGAGAGCUGGACAACUUCUGUCCCAGGUAUCCAGCCUCUUACUCAGCCUCUCGUCAGUGCCACCAUCAAGGUUUACUCCACCAUCUGCUCCCAGCUUCUUCCUACACCAGCAAAAUCCCAUUACACCUUCAACCUUCGGGACCUUUCCAAAGUCUUCCAGGGAAUACUCAUGGCAGAGUCUUCCAAAACCUCGACAGUUCCCCUCCUCUUGAGACUUUGGUACCAUGAGAGCUGCCGGGUGUUUCAGGACCGCCUGGUCAAUAAGGAGGACCGGGACUGGUUUGAUGAGCUCAUGGAAUCCAAGAUGCGAGACUUUGGUGUAACUUAUGAAGAAGUUGUACCCAGUAAGCCAGUCAUAUUUGGAGACUUCAUAAUGCCAGGAGCAGAAAACAAAGUGUAUCAGUACAUUGAAGAUAAGGAUAAGCUGGCACGUGUGAUUGAAGAAUACAUGGAAGAUUUCAACCAGAUCAGUACCAGCAAAAUGAAGCUUGUGCUGUUCAUGGAUGCUGUCGAGCACAUAUGCCGCAUUAGCCGCAUCCUUCGACAGCCUCUGGGAAAUGCUCUUCUUCUGGGUGUGGGGGGCAGCGGAAGGCAGUCUCUCACCAAACUGGCCUCACAUAUGGCUGACUUUGACUGUUUCCAGAUUGAGCUCUCUAAAAACUACGGGCUCACAGAAUGGCGGGAGGACAUCAAACGCAUCCUUUUGAAAGCCGGCCUGCAGAACCAACAGAUCACUUUUCUUUUUACAGACACACAGAUCAAGAGUGAGUCAUUUUUAGAAGACAUCAACAACAUCUUGAAUUCUGGUGAUGUGCCCAACUUGUAUGCACUUGAUGAGCAAGACCAGAUCUUGAAUACCAUGAGACCCGUUGUCCAGGACCUGGGCCAGCAGCCCACGAAAGCAAAUAUGAUGGCUGCCUACACGAAGCGUGUGCGCAAAAACAUCCACACUGUGCUUUGCAUGAGCCCAAUUGGUGAGAUAUUUCGUGCCCGGCUGCGUCAGUUCCCUUCACUUGUCACCUGUUGCACUAUUGACUGGUUCAACGAAUGGCCAUUUGAAGCCCUGCAGUCUGUAGCCUCCUCCUUCUUGCAGGAGGUGCCAGCACUUGAUGCCAGUCCAGCUAUAAUCCAAAGCCUGACUCAGAUGUGUGUAGAUAUCCACCAAACAGUUGCCGUAAAAAGCAUACAGUAUUUGUCAGAAUUGUCCAGAUACAACUACAUCACCCCCAAGAGUUACCUGGAGCUAUUGAGCAUCUUCUCUCGGCUUAUUGGAAUGAAAAAGCAAGAACUGAAUGUUGCCAAAAAUCGCAUGAAAACUGGUCUAGACAAGUUGCUGCGGACUUCUGAGGACGUGGCAAAGAUGCAGGAAGAUCUUGAAACAAUGAGACCCCUUCUGGAAGAGGCAGCUCGGGAGACAAUUGUAACAAUGGAGAAGAUUAAGGUUGACACAGUAGAAGCAGAAAAGAAGCGGAUCUCAGUCCAGGCAGAAGAGGCUAAGGCUUCAGAGAAGGCCCUGAAGGCACAGGCUAUUGCAGACGAUGCACAGCAGGAUUUGGAUAAGGCCUUGCCCGCUCUUGAUGCUGCCCUAGAAAACUUGAAGAACCUCAAUAAAAAUGACGUCACAGAGGUUCGAGCCAUGCAGCACCCACCUCAGGGUGUGAAGUUGGUGAUUGAGGCUGUCUGCAUCAUGAGGGGUGUCAAACCCAAGAAAGUGGCUGGUGACAAACCAGGCACUAAGGUGGAUGACUACUGGGAGCCUGGAAAGAGUCUUCUGCAAGAGCCCGGCAAAUUUCUGGAAAGCCUUUUCAGCUAUGACAAGGAGAACAUCCCAGAUGUUGUUAUUAAAAAUAUACAACCAUACAUUGACAAUGAAGAAUUUAAGCCAGCAGCCAUUGCCAAGGUGUCCAAAGCAUGUACGUCUAUCUGCCAGUGGGUCCUUGCUAUGUACAGCUUUCACUUUGUAGCCCGUGCAGUGGAGCCCAAGAAGCAAGCUCUUCGUGAAGCAAAAGAGGAUUUGGAAAUCACAGAACGAGUCCUGGAAAUGGCCAAAGCCCAGCUGGCAGAAGUGGAAGAAGGUAUUGCCACUCUUCAAGCCAAGUACAAAGACUGUGUUUCCAAAAAGGAAGAGCUGGAGGUCAAGUGUGACCAAUGUGAGCAACGUCUUUUCCGAGCAGACAAGCUGAUCAAUGGCCUGGCUGAUGAGAAAGUGCGGUGGCAGGAAACUGUUCAUAAUCUGGAGUACAUGGUGAACAAUGUGGCUGGGGACGUACUGCUGUCUGCGGGAUAUGUUGCUUACCUGGGACCCUUCACUGGCGAGUACAGAGCUGCAAUGGCUGAAGAAUGGCUGAGGAAAUUCAAAGAAUAUGAGGUCCCCCACACCAAAGAGCCAAGCCUCAUUGGUACUCUUGGAGAUCCAGUCAAGAUCCGUUCUUGGCAGAUUGCUGGUUUGCCUAAAGAUAUGCUGUCUGUGGAGAAUGGUGUGAUAACGCAGUACUCCCAGCGCUGGUCUCACUUCAUCGACCCGCAGGGCCAGGCCAACAAGUGGAUAAAGACAAUGGAAAAAGACAAAGGGCUGGAUGUCUUCAAACUGAGUGACCGUGACUUCUUGCGAAGUUUGGAGAAUGCCAUUAGGUUUGGCAAACCUUGUCUCCUGGAAAACGUUGGUGAAGAACUUGACCCGGCUUUGGAACCUGUGCUUCAAAGACAGACGUACAAGCAGCAAGGGAGCACUGUGAUUAAGUUGGGGGAUGCAGUGAUCCCAUACCAUGAAGACUUCAAGAUGUACAUCACAACCAAGCUGCCAAAUCCGCACUACACUCCUGAGAUUUCCACCAAGGUCACACUCAUCAAUUUUACACUGUCUCCAAGUGGUCUUGAGGACCAGCUCCUAGGUCGUGUUGUGGCUGAGGAACGGCCUGAUUUGGAGGAAGCUAAAAAUCAGCUGAUUGUUAGUAAUGCCAAGAUGAGACAAGAGCUCAAAGAAAUUGAAGACCAGAUUCUUUUCCGGCUCAGCUCCUCUGAGGGCAAUCCUGUGGAUGACGUGGAGCUCAUCAAAGUGCUGGAAGCCUCUAAGAUUAAAGCAGGGGAAAUCAAGGCCAAGGUGACGGUGGCAGAGCAGACAGAGAAGGACAUUGACAUCACACGUCUGCUGUAUGUGCCUGUGGCCGUCCGCACACAGAUCCUCUUCUUCUGUGUGUCUGACCUGUCUGCAGUGGAUCCCAUGUAUCAGUAUUCACUGGAGUGGUUCUUGAGCAUCUUCAUGACUGGCAUUGCCAAUUCAGAGAGAGCAGAUACAGUUGAGCAGCGCAUCAUUAAUAUAAACACCUACUUCACGUUCAGCCUCUACAGCAAUGUCUGCCGCAGCUUGUUUGAGAAACACAAGCUUAUGUUUGCAUUCCUUCUCUGUGUGAGGAUCCUGAUGAAUGAAGGCAAGAUCGAUAUGGGUGAAUGGCGAUAUCUGCUGUCAGGUGGCACUGUGCAGGCCUGGUCUCCAAACCCAGCACCUGACUGGAUCUCGGAUAGAGCUUGGCAGGAUAUCCUUGCUCUGACUGGCCUAGAUAACUUUGCAGACUUUGCAAAGAGUUUCCCAGAAAAUCUGGCAGGGUUUAAGAAGAUUUUUGACAGCUCAAACCCUCACAGAGAGGCACUCCCAGGGAAGUGGGACAGUUGCCUGGACCCCUUUCAGAAGCUGCUAGUUCUCCGUUGUCUCCGUGCAGACAAGGUCACCAAUGGCAUGCAGGAUUUUGUGUCUCUUAACCUUGGGCAGAAGUUCAUUGAACCUCAGACAUCGGACCUCUCAGUGGUGUUCAAAGAGUCAUCUUCUGUUACGCCUCUUAUCUUUGUGCUCUCUCCUGGGACUGACCCGGCAGCUGACCUUUACAAGUUUGCUGAAGAAAUGAAAUUCUCCAAAAAGAUGAGCGCCAUUUCAUUGGGUCAAGGACAGGGCCCAAGAGCUGAAUUUUUGAUGCAAAGUGCCACGGAGCUGGGCAAGUGGGUGUUCUUUCAAAACUGCCACCUGGCCCCUAGUUGGAUGCCUUCCUUAGAGAGACUCAUAGAGUGCAUUGAUGCGGAUAAGGUUCAUCGUGAUUUCCGCCUCUGGCUAACCAGCUUGCCCAGUAAUAAGUUUCCAGUUUCCAUUCUGCAGAACAGUUCAAAAAUGACCAUUGAACCUCCUAGGGGGAUUAAAGCCAACCUGCUGAAGUCUUACCUCAGUCUUAGCAACGACUUCGUCAACUCGUGUGUAAAGACCGCCGAAUUCAAAUCCCUCUUACUUUCACUAUGCUUCUUCCACGGGAACACCAUUGAACGCAGAAAGUUUGGCCCCCUGGGUUUCAACAUCCCAUAUGAGUUCACAGAUGGAGACCUGCGCAUCUGCAUUAGCCAACUGAAGAUGUUCCUGGACGAGUACACCGAGAUUCCUUAUAAGGUGUUGAAGUACACAGCUGGAGAAAUCAAUUAUGGAGGAAGAGUAACAGAUGACUGGGACCGGCGAUGCAUCCUCAACAUUCUUGAGGACUUUUACAAUCCAGACGUUCUGAUGGAAGAGCAUAUUUACUCAGAAUCUGGAAUUUAUAGACAGAUCAACACUGCCUUGGAUAUAAAUGGUUACUUGGAGUAUAUCAAGAACUUGCCAAUCAAUGACACACCAGAGGUCUUUGGCCUCCAUGACAAUGCCAACAUCACGUUUGCACAGAAUGAAACCUUUGCACUUCUCAAUGCAGUAAUUCGUCUGCAGCCCCGGACCUCUGCUGCAGGGGGCAAGGCCAGGGAAGAGAUCGUAGAGGACAUUGUUGCUGACAUUCUGGAGAAAGUCCCCAAACCAAUAGAUGUCCAGAGCGUCAUGGUCAAGUUUCCUGUCUUGUAUGAGGAAUCCAUGAACACGGUUCUUGUUCAAGAGGUCAUCAGGUACAAUCGACUGCUGAUAGUGAUUGCUAAGACACUCCAGGACCUGCGUAAAGCCCUGAAAGGACUGGUGGUCAUGUCCUCCGAACUGGAACUGAUGUCAAACAGCCUGUUCAACAAUUCUGUCCCUGAGAUGUGGAAAGCCAAGGCUUACCCUUCCCUGAAGCCUUUAGCCUCCUGGGUGAGUGACUUACUGCAGAGGAUUAAGUUCCUGGAGAAAUGGAUCAACGAGGGAAUCCCACCUGUCUUCUGGAUCAGUGGCUUUUUCUUCCCACAAGCCUUUCUAACUGGAACUCUUCAAAACUUUGCCAGGCAGUCAGUGAUCUCCAUAGACACAAUCUCUUUUGACUUCAAGAUUGUAAAAGAGCCUGCCAGUCAGCUGCUGCAGCGCCCAGAAGUAGGCUGUUAUAUUCAUGGACUUUUCCUUGAAGGUGCACGGUGGGACCCAGUCUCCUUCCAGUUAGCAGAGUCUAGGCAAAAGGAACUCUACACAGAGAUGGCCGUCAUCUGGUUGAUCCCCAUGACCUACCGUAAGGCACCGACGACAGGGGUGUACAUCUGCCCUAUUUACAAGACUCUCACGCGGGCUGGUACCCUUUCAACAACAGGCCAUUCCACAAAUUAUGUGAUUGCAGUGGAGCUGCCCAGCCAGAAGGCGCAGAGGCACUGGAUUAAACGUGGGGUUGCCUUGAUCUGCGCUCUCGAUUACUAAACCGGAGAAGGUUUCACCACCAAUGUCUCUAUCAGCAUACUUAUUACUAUGAACAGAUGCACGAUUAAACCACAGGGAUUCUUCCCGUUCCCUCUCUUCCCUUCUGGGGCUCUUUCAACCAUGCAAGUCUUCUGCAGCACUUAGAUGGAAGAGGGUCAGUGUGCAGAAAUGAAAAGCAAGCAACAAAAGAGGAUUAUUGUAAAGACGUCAGUGAGUCCACUUGCUAAAUAUCUGCUGCGACUGAGCUUCAAUCUAUAAGACGGAAUGACGGAAAGCAAACCUACCUUGUUGGAUGCACAUUUGCUGAUGGGAGAGAGUGUACACCCAGUGACACUGAAGGAUAUACAGUAAACCCAGCAGCCGGCUGAUGCAUUAUUUAACGAAGGUUUUUAGAAAGAAACAGCUCAUAGAGUUCAGGUAGACUUUGGCCUUGGAUUUCCCAAGAAGGGUCCCUAUUGAGUUUCCUUCCUUCUUUAUUACCAGAGGGUCAUAUGUCAUUAGUACCUAAAAAAUUGAACAGUAAAAAUAUUUACGUCUCUGUUUGCUCAGUGAACUGAAUCCCUGGGGAGGAAGCAAAAAUGAGUACAGCAAUGGAGAAGGAAAAGAUAGAGUACACCAUAUCCUUGGGGAAAUACCAAUACCAGCCAGUAUUUUGUGCCCCAUGGCAAAGAGCACCUCUGGUGGCAACUGAGCUCACUCCUACAUGAAAAUCAAAUCCACUCUCCAAUCAGCCAAAGUGCCAAAUGGAGUGCCAAAUUCUUGCACUCUUGCUAAUGCCCGACCUUCCAGACAGUCCUCCCUUGGCUACAUAUUGACUUUCAGAUUUUUGUAGGGUUCUCUGUAAUAUGAUUGUAUUUAGAAUAAUUAUAAAUAAAUAAUGAUUAUGUGGCA